AUCAAUCACAAUUCAUCCCUCAAGACAUCCAUAUGAUGUCAAACUGCUGCAGCGGAACACCUCUCCCGAAUUACGGGCUGCCUGCUGCUUAAGACCCUUUGGUGUAGCACCUUCCGCAAACCAGCCCCAAUCUCCUGCCGACAUCGAGCUGAUCGGGGUCAACUCCAAUUCACAGAUAGCUCUCCUUCCUGGCAAACAUGAGUUCCGACGUACAGGAAAUGAACAUUCCAUCUGGGUUCAGUGUGAAGAACAUCAUUGCAUGGGGAACAUUUGGCUUGGUGUUCCUCGACUCUGCGUCUAACACUGUCAUAAAAGUUCCUCAUUCGGCAAUGGAUGAAGCAGCCAUUGAGAUUGAAAGAAAAAUAUAUGAGCGCUUUACACAACAAGGGGGACAUGAUGGUCUCCUUCGCUACUUUGGACAAUUCAAGGACGGGUUACGACUUGAGUUCGCUACAAAUCAGGGCCUUCUCUCAUACCUCCAAGAGCAUAAGAGUACAAUUAGUCUUGAACAGCGACUUCGGUGGUGUCAAGAGCUCUCAGAUACGCUCUCGUUUGUUCAUGCCAACGGAGUCGUCCACGGGGAUUUGAAUUGCAAUAACAUUUUCUUGGAUGAUACACUACGUACAAAGGUUGCAGACUUUGGUGGCUCUUCACUUGAUGAUUCUGACUUGUUGAUCAUGGUAACAGCAAGCCAUCGCAGUAACGGAAAUUUAAAGUCCAUUAACGCGGACAUAUUUGCUCUCGGUUCAACUUUCUACGAGAUCUUAACGAGCAAAGCGCCCUAUGGCGAGGCCGAAGAAGAUGAAAUAAUGAAAUUGUCUACCAAGUCCAAGUUUCCUGAUACAAGAAGCCUAGGGUCCAUGGGGGAGAUCAUUCAAGAUUGUUGGCGAGGCAAAACUAAAAGUGCGCAAGAAGCAUCGAUGUGCAUUGAGGCAAUUCGAAAACGGCACCACCACUCGCUCCUGCCUUCCGCCUACGCCUCUAUCGCAACAACAACCGUCUUCGCUUUGUCUGUAGUAACAUUGUUUACUAUCUUCUGGAGAAGGUCAAUAUAUCGUUAGGAUUUCCAGAAUUAACAUACCAAUCGUCCUCUAUGCAGCAUAGACAGUCUCCGAUUCUUGUAGUCGUACUAGUAUUGAUAGGUUUCAUGAGAGUGCCGCGAUCCGGACAAGUCUCUGGGCCUGUCACUGGCUGUUUUGGGCAAGUGGACUAGCUCUUGCUCGGAAAUAUGGUGUCGGGGAUCUUCUUACAACGAGACAUCCUGUAGGGCACUGAGACUUCGACACCGACACACAUCGCGUGUAAGCUUCGUGGUGCUGGAGUAUAUAAAUGCCUCUAAUGGUGGAAAUUGAACGAGUAACUUAUAGCAGAUCCUUUACACAAUGACAAGUUCGUAGAAUAACAUCACCUCUCUUAUGAUAGUGCAUGUAGGAUUUAUAUAUGUAUUCUAAGCUGUGCCGCAUGCCUAGAUAGAACAACCCCAUUCAGGAAUGGGUGCUAGGCUGCCAUGUCGCCCCGACUGGAUGAG